CCACAGAAAGCCUAAUGUGGCUAAAUGUAUUAUUUAAUGUCGAGACCAUAUUAAAGCCUGAGCAAUUAGUUUGACGUUUUAAAGUCGAACACACAAUAAGCAUUCAUAUAUUCUUUCUAAUUCACAUUUAUUCCAAUUAAAACGAUACGAUUGACAGCAACAAAAAGUAAUUUGCUCCUCUGGACUGGUGUAUUAGACAUAUAAUCAAGCAACAGCUCAAGGAAAAAACAAAAACUGUGCCAAUUUGUUGUUGAACUAGCAGCUAGCAGCUUAACGUUAACUCACCCAACUAUUUCGGACCAGUUCCAUUGCUGCUGUGAGAAACCAUCCCUUAUUGUUGCUAGUUUCCUAAUGAAAUAAAAGUUAAAGUAAAGUAAAAGUAGGUUUCUUUCGAUUCGUGCUGUACAAUGCUGUAAAGCAGGACUGGUCUGCGGGAUCACGUUUUGUGGUCACAUUUACUUUUAAAAUUAAAAUAAAAGGUUCAAUAUUUACAGGAGGGAUAUUCAGUUACUUAUUUACCUCAGAGCCUUAUACGUUUAUACUACCCACACACCUUAUUUCAGGCACCUAACAUUAAAUAACUUUUCAUAGAGAGUUGUUUAUUUGAGUCUUUCAAGUCUUGUCACGGCAUUAGCAUGUCAAACGCGUGAUGGAACCGGAGACAUGAUGGCAGAAACCACGCAGCCGGUCCAACUGGGCCGCCACGAAGCAGCCUGGUGAUUGAUCGCCGCGCACGUCAGUACGCGUCCGCGGGGGCGGGAUCAGGCAAAUCCAGCGAGUGAUGUAGUUUCUCACACAGAGGCCGCCGGUCAGUGUUAUGCCGUCUGUUAACAAAAACACAGGAGAAAGAAGACUAUCGACAAACACGCCUUUUAUCCACCUUUUUAUUGGCGUAUUGUUUUUACAGGUCGCAUUGUCUCGUUCGGGCCACUUCUUUGCUCUCAUCCAUCUGCUCGGGCGGCUGCGGCUUGAUUCCCUCCGGUGCAUCAAUGUCCCCAUUUGAUUGGUGUAACGGGUGCUACUGUGGUCGGGGACCUUUCCAGCCGUGUUCCGCGCUGUCAUUGCCGGACAUCCUUGAAACCUACAUCUUCUACUUUGUGAUAAUCCUGCUUUUCAUCGCCCUGGGUUUCUGCUGCUAUGCCCCUUUCAGUAAACUACACCAAAACGAUAAUAAGUGGCCUGUAUACAAAGAGGUGGUUUAUAAUGGAGAUCCAGAAAAGAUGAAUAUUCUUGGGCAGACGUGUGCCGUGUGUCUGGAGGACUUCAAAGUGAAAGACGAGAUGGCAGUGUGUCCAUGCCAACAUGGUUUCCACAAGAAGUGUCUGGUAAAGUGGCUGCAGGUACGAUGCUGCUGCCCCAUGUGCAACAAACCUGUAGUUACACCCCCUGAGGUGAUGUGGGCUGGCCUUGAAAUGCAAUAUGAAAUAUAGUUUCUGAAACACUGCCGGCCCGGGUGGGACGCCCCGUCCUGGCCAAACCAGCUUAUGAAAGGUAGCGACCAACUGGAAGAGAGACACUGUUUUUGUUGGGGCAAUGUGGAUACAACCCGGAGAAAGAAUCUGAAGUAUGCUGUUGCCCAGCAACCAUCUCUGGGAUGGCAAAAGGACACCUUGUGGCGUCUGAGAGAUUAUUUCAGUACACCACACAUCCCGCUCUGUAACAUCGUUGCCUCGUUGACACCAGUGAAGAAGGGUUUUGUCCACCAGGGCUGAAUUCUUUGAAGACACAAGUAUAAAUUGAAGUCACACUGGUUUACAAAAUGAUGGAAAACAUGAAUUCAGGCAUCAUGGGUGAGAUUUAGAUUGAUCAUAUUACUUAAAAGGAGCACCUACAGCUGUUGUCUUUGUGUAGCAAACUAAUCUGUACUUAACUUAAUAAAUACUGAACAACACAUUCUUUGCUUGUAUGUGCAACUGAUAUCGACACGCCCUGCCUUUCACUGUAACACCGUGGUUCUGUGUUGAUAUAAAUUCCACCUUGGAUUCACCCAUUGUUUCUCUAUAAUAGGAAGACUUUUGAAGGCAGCUUUGCAGGUUUCAUCUUUCCAGGUGUGAAUUAUUUGAUAAAAGUCUGAAGUAUCAGAGAUGCUGUUUCAUCUGAAGACAAGCGAGGCAGCAGUUCAGUUCCUCAGUUGUGAAUUAACCACAGAAUCUCACUUACAUACUGUUCUGUGGCAUCAUUGCUGAAAUUCAGUCUUUACAUUCAUCCCGUUGUAGUUCUUUUUUUUAAUCAUUUAUAGCGUAUUAUAAAGCCAAACACUGCCUACAGCACAAAACUCAAACAACAUUGUCCAGACACAGACAGCACGUGAGUGCUCUCAAAUGUAUAUGCCAAGAAAAUAGAUUUGUUCACUCUGAUUCUGGUCACAUCCCACAUUUUUUAAUUGAAACCAAUGUAAAUAACUCAAAACAAUAAAUACGGUUGUGUUUUAA